UACCAUUUCGAAUUAUAACAGAGACUAUUUAUCACUACCGAAUUGCGGCUACGCGGAGUCAAAUAAUAAUGAAUUGGUUGACAGUUGUUGUAUCCCGCUUGUCGGAAAAUCAACUGAAAACUCCGAGGUCAACCGCCGGCAACUCUCGCUGUGCGGAGAGACUUUUCGAGCCUGUGUACUUAAGCCGAAGCACCAAGCAACGUCACAUAAGUGCCGACCCGCGCGAUCUUUCAUAUACCCCUUUCGAAGUGUUAUCAACGCGCCGUGUUGCCAUUGAUGUUACUUCGACCCAGCUGUUCCCGGUUGCCCACGCCGCUGAGCUGGUUCUCGCGGUCAACAACGAUGCCUUUGCGCGCCAAAGUGACAAACCCAGCGUUUGCUGCCUCUGCCAGGAUGUCGUCGACGACUCCUGAGCUUCCAAAGGAGCUCCCUGGGGAUGAACCCGACGAUGUUCUGUUCAACUCUCUUUACGGUGUCCGCACGGUUGAGCUUAACCGACCAAAGAAGCUCAAUUCCCUCAAUGGUUCAAUGGCGCGCAAGAUCCUCCCUAGACUGAAGGAAUGGGAGAAAUCUCAGCUGGCCAAUAUUAUCAUGGUAUCCGGUGCUGGAAGCAAAGCUUUCUGCGCUGGAGGAGAUGUUGCCGCGCUUGCUCUGCAGAAUGAGCAGGGACCUGAAGGCCAGAAGAAAUCGGCGGACUACUUUGGUCUCGAAUAUCAGCUCGACCACGCCAUCGCUACUUACUCCAAGCCGUACAUUGCUGUGAUGGAUGGAAUCACAAUGGGAGGUGGUGUCGGUCUCAGCGUACAUGCUCCAUUCCGGAUUGCUACCGAGCGUACUCUCUUUGCCAUGCCAGAGACGACGAUUGGAUUCUUCCCCGACGUUGGUGGUUCUUUCUUCCUGCCACGUCUGGACGGCGAGACGGGAACAUACCUUGCCUUGACCUCUGAGCGCCUCUCUGGCGUCCAGGCCUUCUACGCUGGAAUUGCUACCCACUACCUGGACUCCAGCGUGUUGAGCAACCUGACGGCCCGUCUUUCUGAGCUGGUGUUUAAGGAUUACGCCACCCUCCCGGAGCGUCUGGACCUGGUCAACAAGACCAUCGCGGAGUUCUCCACCGGCCUGCCAUCCAUCCAGCAGGAGCCAAUUCAGCUUGCCGGAAAGCUGCGCAAAGCCAUCGACCGAUGCUUCAAGUACAACACCGUCGAGGAGAUCUUCAAGGCGCUCGAGAACGAGGAAGAGCAGAAGGAGUGGGCGCAAAAGACCCUGGAGACUCUGUCCCAGCGCUCUCCGACGUCGCUCAAGGUGACUCUCCGCCAGCUCCGCCUUGGAAGGAAGUGGUCUAUCGCCGAAACUUUCCAGAGAGAGCACCACAUCGCUGCACAGUUCAUGAAGCACCACGACUUCGUCGAAGGUGUCAAGGCCCGUCUGAUGUCUAAGCCCCCCGCGACUCCCAAGUGGCAACCUGCUACCCUGGCCGAGGUGUCCAACGAGGCCGUCGAUGCUUUCUUCAACAUCCCACAGGGCCAGACUCGUCUGCCGCUCAUCAACGACGCUAACUACAACCGUUACCCCCAUGCCCACUACGCCCUUCCUACCGAGAAGGAUAUUGAGAAGUUCGUCCGCGACACCUCCAAGUCGAGGAAGCAGACUGUCAACGAGUUUGUCGAGAAGUGGGGCGAGAAGGAGGGUGUGCGUGAGAAGGUGGCAGAGGUCCUUGCACGACGAACAGUGAAGACGGGAGAGGGACUGAGAUGGGCCGAGGAGUAAAAAUCUUCUCCUUUUUCUGAUCUGUCUUAUUCCUAGAGGAUCUUGAUUGAUGCUAUUUUCUGCAAAUCUUUUCUAUACACAUGUAUUUCUUUAAAUCCAAUUUGCAUUAAACAAGCGGGUGAAAAUGGGGAACGGCAUCUGUCCGUUUUUGUAUGGAAACGAA